ACCUUUUAAGACGAUAAGACAGCGUUUGGCACAAAGCGGAGUUUAGGUCUGAAGCAAGCAAGGAAGUUCUGGAAUGAGUGAAGAGAAAGAGUGAAUGGUGGGAUCCUUGUGGUGUUCCCAAAAUCACAAAAAUGGCGAUGCUUUGUAAGGUAUCAUCCUCACUCUUCCUUUCACUCUCCCUCAAACCUAAACUCAUCUACCGCACCAAUGCCUUUCUGCUUUCUCGUUCAACCGCCACCACCUCAAAGCACAAGACGCAGAACGCAAAAGCAGGGUUGGCCAAAGAAAAGCGCAGAACGCGCUCCGACAAACACUUCAACCCAGACGCUAUAAUUCACCAUUGCAACGUUAACCACUCCGACACCGACACCAAGUUUUCGCACAUUCCGGUCAUGCUGGGUGAAGUCAUGGACGUCUUCUCCGCCGCUUCCUUAACCUCCUUCGUCGAUUGCACCCUUGGCGCUGCCGGUCACUCCACCGCUGUGAUCAAGGGUCAUCCUGAGAUGAAGUUUUUCGUGGGGAUGGAUGUGGAUUCUGUUGCACACGACAUUGCCCAGCCACGCCUUGAUGCCGUUUUAAGUGGUGAUGUCAAAGCUUUUACCGUUUUGAGGAAUUUUAGAGAUGUGAAGUCUGUGCUUAGAGAAUUCUCAGACUUACACAUGGGUGUUGAUGGCAUCUUAAUGGACUUGGGAAUGUCAUCUAUGCAGGUAGACAAUCCUGCGAGAGGAUUCAGUGUGCUCAGUGAUGGACCCCUUGAUAUGCGGAUGGAUCCUCAGGCAAGUCUUAAAGCAGAGGACAUAUUAAAUUCCUGGCCAGAUUCUGAAGUGGGCCGUAUCCUAAGAGAAUAUGGAGAAGAAAGCAAUUGGCGAACCCUGCAAAAGAAAAUUGUCAAUGCCCGAUUACAUGGUGGAUUUCACUCUACCUCUGAUUUGCUAGAUCUUAUCAAGCGUGUGACUCCUCCAAUGAAAGGUGGAAGACAAGGUUGGAUAAAGACAGCAACCCGGGUUUUUCAAGCUCUGAGAAUUGCUGUUAAUGAUGAACUGAAGACACUUGAGGAUUCCCUCUAUUCUUGUUUUGAUUGCCUUGCACCCAAGGGUAGACUUGCUGUCAUAUCUUUUCACAGUCUUGAAGACAGAAUUGUGAAACAGACAUUUCUUAAUAUAGUCAAAGGGAGCGAAGAUGUGGAAGAAAGGGAGAACCUGAACAGUGAUUUGAGGAAGACUAGUGAUGAAAUCAAAGAAAAAGAAGCAUGGAUAAAGCAAGUAAUACAUGGGUCAAAUGGAACAAUUCUCACAAAAAGACCAAUCACACCAUCAGGAGAAGAAGAAAAAUUGAACCGCAGAAGCAGAAGUGCAAAGCUCAGAGUUAUUCAGAAGCACUGAAUAUAAAAUAUGACAAACUGUUGUCUGGUGUAGAGCCCUUAAAACUAUUUGUAUUCAUAGGAUAGCUUAUCUUUAACCUGGGUGUCCUGCAUAUUCAUCUUUAGAAAGAAAAGAAAAUGGUUCUAUUUUUACACUUUACAUUAAGAGAAAAGUUGUCAAAAGCGACUUGCUCA